AUGACAAACAAAAAUUAUUUGGAAGCCUUAGAUCUAUCAUUACAAGACAUUUGUAGCAACAAUGCUCCAUUUGGUGGAAAAGUUCUGAUCAUGGGGAGAGAUUUUUGUCAAGUUCUUCCUGUUGUAAGAAAAGGUACUAAGGCACAAAUGAUUUCAGCGUGUAUUAUUCAGUCUCAUUUAUGGGAUCAUACAAAGAUUUUGCGUUUGCGUCAAAAUAUGCGAUCAUUGCAUGAUCAAGAGUUUGCAGAAUUUCUUAUUCGCAUUGGUGAUGGUGUCGAACCUACCAAAGUAGAUGAUAUGGUGAGGUUACCUUCACAUAUUGCAAUCCCAUGGGACAGUGAACAUUCCAUACAAGUACUUAUCCAACAUAUUUUUCCUAAUUUAGAAUUGCAUGGUUGGUAUGCCCCAUAUAUGGUACAAAGAGCUAUUUUGACACCAACAAAUGAUGAUGUUCAAAAAUUGAAUGAUAUGAUUAUCGAUCAGUUUCCAGGAGAAGAACAUACAGGCAAACUAGAACACGGUGAAAUUUUUCAAUUAUGUAAGGAGUUGAGACGAAAGAAUAUUGAAACUUGCUUUGACAUAAAAAUAGGAGACUUUGAAGAUAAAUGGAACACGUGGAAGGAUGAACAAACAAUUUCAUCCAUCGGCAAACUCGACAAUAAGGUGUAUUUACUUUUUCCGCAAUACGUAUAA